AAGUUGUGAUGCGAUCCCUGAUGAGCAGGGACGGCAUGGGGCAGUAGAGCUUCAAGCUAUGGAGAUUGAAAACUUUCUGAACGCAUUUGAAUUCCCGAAAGAGGCCAUAUCAACGUCUUUGAGCAUCGAAUAUUCAGACGAUACACGUAAGGGCAAAGAUCAUGAUGAUGGUGACGGAGGCGAAGAAUUCAGCGAACAAUCAAAAAGAAAUGCAAUUGAGCUUGAUAAAGAGGAUGCAGCGUUCUAUCUGGGCGACGAUCCCGAAAUCUUUGUCCGAUCAGUGACAACCAAUUCUCAUGAUUCAAUACUUCCUAUCGAAAGGGACAAUGAGAUCCUGAGCAGAGUUUAUUACAUUCCAGAAUGCUUUGAAGAACCCUUUCUAGAUAAUUUGGCGCAACUUGCAAGGAAGUUGGAGGGCAACUCACACUCGCACAACAUGUCGGCUACUCGCCGGUUCUUCUACUCGGAAAUCAUCGCAGAUGCCAUUCUUUCGCGACUUCCGCCAUCCCUAGGAUUUCAACGAAUUCUACCUGACAUGCGCUUCAUUGAGUACGGAGUAGGAGGCUUCAUCGCUCCCCAUACGGAUGGGGUGAUGUUCGACGCCAAGACAGGGAGACAGUCAACAACAUCUUUUCUCCUGUACCUCUCGUCCACCACUGAGGGAGGCUCCACCGAUUUCUUGAGCAGCGUGCAAGGAGGAGAAAUUCUACAUCAGGUAUGGCCAAGAAGAGGAUGGAUCCUCCUCUUUCCGCAUGACUCUCCUCAUGAAGGAACUGCAGUGUCUACUCAGCACAAAUUUCUGCUGCGUGGCGAUCUGUACUGAGUGGGGGAACGUUUAUUGC